AUGUGUGAUGUGUGCAUGUUUGUGCAGGGAAAGUUCCCCAAGGAUGACAGAGCUGAAGAUGGUUUUCAUGGACUGUCACCAGUGAAUGCUUUCCCCCCUCAGAACAACUAUGGACUAUAUGAUCUCAUGGGCAAUGUGUGGGAAUGGACCGCAUCCACCUACCAAUCUACUGGCCAGAACAUGCGUGUCCUCCGAGGGGCAUCAUGGAUCGACACAGCAGACGGCUCGGCCAGUCACCGGGCUCGGGUCACCACCAGGUAAGGGUCUCAGGUCAGGGAACUACAAGUUUUUGUGGCCGUGACUGAAGGUCUAGAUCCAAAGGUUCUCAACCUUGUCGAUGUUGUGAUCCUUUAAUACAGUUCGGGGUACAAAUGUGGACGUAUCUGUAUGUGGGCUGGGCCGCACCGAGAAAGAUAGAGGUUGUGUCUCGACACACACAGGUUAAGAACCAUUUCUUUUCUUUUUUGGUUUUUCGAGACAGGGU